AUGGACACGGACUCGUGGCUGAAGGAGUACGGCGUCUGCAAGGAGCUCACGCAAGAAAUCGUGCAGUUGAUCCAGGAUCGCAACGUCAAUCAUCCCGAUGGCGGGCCCGAGGCAUCCCGUAUGACUGCCGCAGCGCGCCGCAAGCUGGGCACGCUGGGCACAACGCUUGACAGCCUGUACCGGUGGCUCGACUCUGACGAUGCCAACAGCCUGAGCGAGCAGGAGCGGUUUCGUCGGCGCGACCUGCUGCACGUGCUCAAGAACCGCCGAGAGCAGAUACAAGAGUCACUCAAGCGCCAGCAGCAGCACUCAGACCGCGAGUCGCUCAUGGCGGGCGGCAGCAGCGGCAGGGGCGGCGGGGGGCCGGCGCGCGAGACAGAGGUGACGGCGCAGCUGGACUCUCGGGGCAUGUUGCAGCUGCAGGAGCAGGUGAUGCAGCAGCAAGAUCGGGAGCUGGAGCAGAUGGAGAAGACGGUCACCAGCACAAAGCACAUCGCUGUGACUAUUGGUGAGGAGCUCGAUCUGCACACGCGACUGCUGGGUGACCUGGAGGAGGACGUGGAUGUCACACACAGCCGCCUGCGCGCCGCCACAAAGCGUGUGCGGCACAUCAUCAAGCACAGCAGCAAUUGGAAGGGCGGGCUGUUCAUUUUUGGGUUGAUUGUGGUGCUUACACUCUUGAUGCUGGUCGCGUUCAAGGUCAUCCGCAUCUUUGGUUAA